AUGUUUGCUGAGAGCGCCGUCGCCGUCACUGCGCCCGCCAUCGCGUACAUCUACUGGCGCUUUGGCCGCAACGAGCCAUUCCUGCACGGCGUACCGUUUCCGGCGUCUCUGCACCAGCCUUUCUUGGGUGUCGCCGGGCUCCUCGGCUCGAUCAAUGGCUGCGACCGCCUCUUCGCCGACGCCGCGGACGCCAACGGCAUGGUGUCGUUCCGGCUCCUUACGACCAACGCCGUCUCGGUGCUCAAAGCAGACCACGUGCGUCAGGUGGUGUGUGCGACGAGCUACCGCGAAAUGGUCCCGAUUCUCGGGAAUCACUUGCGCAAGCUGCUCGGCGAUGCGUCGCUUCUGCUGCUAUCGCGCCACGAGUGGAAAAGCCAUCGGCGGCUCGUUGCCAAGGCCUUUCACUGGCAGAGCCUGGCGCAAAUGGUGCCGACGAUGGUCGAAGUCGCCGAGGCGUUCGUCGACGUCGCGCUGCAGACAGGCAGCGGUGCGUCCGUGGAUGUAGCGCCACUACUCAAGCUCGCGGCUCUCGAUACGAUCGGUCAGUGCGCAUUCGGCUACGAUUUCGAAGCGCUGGCCAAUGGCAAGAAUGGCGUCACGUCCGCCUUUGAGUUUCUUUUGAACGAAGCCAAGCGCCGGGGCUUUGACGACACUCUGCACCCGGCGAGUGUAUGGUACGAUCUCCCGACACCGGCCAACCGCCGGUACAAGCGUGAAGCUCGCAUCUUGCGCUCGACGCUCGAGAUGAUCGUUGUCGCUCGCAUGUCGGAUAUUGCGACGACCAAGCACGACUUGUUGGGAUCACUUCUCGCUGCGGCCGCCGACGAAUCCAGCGUCGUGACGCCGGCGACGCUGGCUGACAACCUCCUCACCUUCCUCUUUGCGGGCUUUGACACAGUCGCAACUGCCCUGGCGUACGCCAUGCACCUCCUCUCGACGCACCCGGACUCGAUCGGCCGCCUGCCAUACGUAUACGCAGUCAUGACCGAGGCAUUGCGACUCUUUCCUCCAGGACCUGGGACAAGCCGGACCUUGGAGGCCGAUCUGGUCCUUGACGGCCAUACGAUCCCCGCGGGCACGUUAGUCUACUUGCCAAUCUGGGAAAUCAACCGUUCGCGCCUCAACUGGGGCGACGACGCCGAUGCCUUUCGGCCCGAGCGCCACGUUGAAGGAGCGAGCGACGAGAUUUGCUCCGACCGCACCUUUCGCAUGAUGUCCUUCUCUGCCGGACCGCGCAACUGCGUCGGCAUGCGCUUUGCGAUGCUUGAGGCCGUUGUCAUGCUGGCUACGAUGCUGCGUCGAUGCUGGCUGACGCGCCCGUCGGACGCACCGCCGGUCACGCCCAAGAUCUCGGGCAUUCUACAAGUGCCGGCCCACGGGGUCUGGGUCCGUGUCACGCCAUUGCCUCCUUGCGCGUAA